AUGAGUGAAGCUUCUUCAAACGGGAUGAAGGCAAUGAAGUUGGAAAUGGAAGCUAUGAAAGCUGAUAAAGUGAUGAAAGAUCAACAACUUCAAAUGCUAGUUGCUGUAGUUGAAAGUCAUCUAAAAAUGAACAUUCAUGCUGCAUUCGAAGAAAUUGAUGUAAUAAAAGCAAAUGAAAGAAGAAUGGAGCGAGAACGUCGUUUAGCUGAAGAAGUAACUCAAAAGAAUAAAGGUGUGGUUGAAGAGGUUGAAGUGGUUGAUGGUUUUUCAAGUCAACUUGAUGUUGGUGGUUCUUCUUCAUAUCCAGAUACUGAAAUGAUUGAAGUGGUUGAAAUUCAAGAACAGGAAGUAGUUGAAGAUGAUCAGGAGAUGGUUGAAGCUGAAGAGCCUCAUGAACCAGAAUUCUUAAUUGUUGGUGAGCCUUCUGAGCCAGUUGAUGUUGAAAAUAUUCUUCGAAGGGUUGAAGUUAUUCAGAGAAAAAGAAAGGCCAGGGAAGUUCUACUAAUUGAAUGGAAGACAGACAAAUUUGUGCUGGUUGGUGAUGCAUACCCUGUGCCAUACAAUUCAAAAGAAGUGGCGAAAUUGAUGAAAUUCUUUGAUCUGAAAAGAAAAGGAAAGAUAGCUCGUGGUGAAAUUGUUGAUGAAGAAUCUGAUAUAGAGAUUUUUGGAGAUGAAGAUGAGGAGGAUGAAGAUAAAGAUGAUGAUAAAGAUGAUGACAAACCAGAUGAUAAGGAUGAUAAAGAUGAUGACGACAAUGAUCAAGGUGCUUCUGGAUUGUUAAUCAGGGAUCCAGCUGUUCAAGAAAAAGUGGAUGAGUUAAUGAACAAUGAAAUCAAUGAACUAGAAGAUGAAGUUCAGAAUGAAGCAUCAUCUUCUGGAAAACAACCUAUUGAUCAGGUACUCCUCUCGAACCCAACUGUCAUAUAUUUAAAUGCUUAA